CAUGUUUGACUGCUAAUGUUGCUAAUGUCUUUUUUUUCUCAUAACGCUAAUAUUCGAAAAAGCUACCCUCUUUAUCCUAUUUAUUUAUCUAUUUAACUCAGAGAUAGCUGUCAUGUUUCAUAACAAAUCUGCCUGGUUUUCAAGCAGUGUGCCUCAAGACUGCAAGAGAUUCUGGAUGAUGGAAGGAGGGACCAAAAGCGAUUGGAAAACAGCAAAUUAUCUGUUCAGUCAGGAUGCUUUAUGUCCUGAUACAAAAAGAAUAUAUUUCAGCAGAGACUACCUGUUCAAUAGGGUGACAGUCUUCCAUAGUUUCUUCCUGUCUGCCUGUGAAAAGAGGAAGAGUUUUCAGUCUGUGUGCAUUGGGCACUAUGUACUGCCUCCAGACUCUGUCCAGGAGGAGGUAAGAAAUGUCAUUGGGAGAUUGAUUUGGGAAUUUGAUGAUAUUCAGUGGCCAGAGGCCUUCAGUCAGGACAUAGAAGAUGGUCACAGUGAUGGAAAAGCAAGUCAACUUAACUCUGUAGAAACAGUCUCUUCAGAAAAUGGGGAGCCAUGUGGAGGUGUAUCAGCCUAUCCUUCCAAUAACAUGCUCACAGGUUAUGUAAGCAUGGAGAGUCUUCCAAAGUAUUCAGGACCUUUGAGUGAUUUUUGCCCAGGAUGUCUCAGAUGCUGUGCUUGUAGCUUACACCAUUGUUUAUUUCACACAUAAAUCAACAGACCAGUUACACGGUGGAACAGUUUAUAGCUUUAGUUAUAGAUAAUGAAUGCUUAAAUUAGACCUGUCAUAUUAUAAGUAUAUGUUACUGCUCUGUAGCAGGUGAAAUGUGAAUUGUGUUAAGCUAAAUUUUGGAUUAUUUGCUAGGAUCAUUUGCAUGUAAUAAA